GAAACGAAAUCAGAGCGCAGGACCCCAUCUUGACUCCCCGCACAGCGCUCCUACGCCACCCCACUUUAUAUAUAUAUAUAUACUCUCUUAUCAAAUCAAAACACUAGACAACAAAAUCAAAUCACAGAGCCAUCAUCAAAAUUCGAACGUUAAUCGAAAACCCAGAAGAAGAAUUUGAAGAAUUUUUGAAGAAAUUGAAGGAUUUUGAAGAAGAAGAAGAAGAAGAAGAAGCAUGUCUUGCUCUGUUGCACUUUCAAACUCGCCUGUGUUCUCUCCUUCUAGGGUUUCUUCCUCUAUUUUCUGCAAACCCUCGCUGUCUUCUCCCGAAACGCUGUCGUCUUCGUCCUCAUCUUCUCCCUCUUCGCCUCUCAGGCUCCGGUUCCAGAAACCCUUAACUGGGCUGAGGCCGUUCACAGAUGGGUCGUCGUCUUCUUCCAUGACUUCUGCUUCCGCUUCGUUGUCUUCGCCUUCGGUUCUGAAGAGGAAGAGGCCCGCGAUGCUCGAUAUUCCCAUCGCUCCCCUGAGUUUUCCGGCUCCGCCAACGGGUGUUCUGAGGGACGUGGUGGAGGCUGAGGAAGAUGGGUAUUCUGUGUACUGUAAGAGAGGGAGGAGAGAAGCCAUGGAGGAUCGGUACUCGGCUGUUGUUGGUCUUCAGGGAGACCCCAAACAGGCAUUUUUUGGCAUUUUUGAUGGGCAUGGAGGUGCAAAAGCUGCCGAGUUUGCGGCAGAGAACAUGGACAAAAACAUUUUAGAUGAAGUAGGAGCAAGGGAUGAUGAGGAAAUUGAGGAGGCUGUUAAGAAGGGUUACCUAAACACAGACUCUCAAUUUCUAAAGGAAGAUCUUCGCGGUGGUUCAUGCUGUGUUACAGCUCUGAUCAGGAAUGGCAAUCUUGUCGUGUCCAAUGCCGGUGAUUGUCGUGCUGUAAUUAGCAGAGGAGGCACUGCAGAGGCCCUCACUUCCGACCACCGCCCUUCAAGGGAAGAUGAAAAGGACAGAAUUGAGAACCUGGGCGGCUAUGUUGAUUGUUGCCGUGGUGUUUGGAGAAUUCUGGGAUCUCUUGCUGUAUCAAGAGGAAUUGGUGAUCGGCAUCUUAAGCAAUGGGUUAUAGCAGAGCCUGAGACAAAAGUCCUUAGAAUUGAACCUGAACACGAGUUUUUAAUCCUAGCUUCUGAUGGCUUAUGGGACAAGGUUAAUAAUCAGGAAGCUGUUGAUAUUGCUCGCACUUUUUGCAUUGACACUGACGCGCCAGAACCAUUAUUUGCCUGUAAAAAGCUCACGGAGCUCUCUGCUUCGCGGGGCUCUGCUGAUGAUAUAAGCGUGAUGCUAAUCCAGUUGAGGCGCUAUGCUAAGGGAUAGAGGAACCCUAACCAAUAGUCUAGUUACAGUUUAGUUGCAGGCAUUCUUUCAUCUAACAGUCCAAAAGAAAAAGAUUAUGAUUGUGAUGAUGAUGAUGAUAUGAAAAGGGGAUAUGAUUAUGAAGGGAAGAACUUGACCUAGUUUAAUUAUUUUACCAUUUUUUACAGGGAUUUUUUCCCCCGUGUAUUUAGGAACUUAGAAGAUUAUUGAACAGAGGCAUUCUUGUAUUGAUUUUGAAAUAAACUAAUAUAGCUUUCCAAUGA